UCGUGCCCGGUAGUUUUGCGCGCUCUUGUGGCGACAGUCUGUCACGGUGUUCGGAAAUUCGCUCCAGAAACCGCGUGGACUCAAAGAAAUUCCCUUUUAUCGUCUCACUUAGGCUUCAUAGUUUCUCUCAGAGUUUCUCCGUCACUGUGACGUUAUUCUGAACGAAAGUCCUUAUUAUCGCUUCAGUAAAGCUUCCUGAGGGGAGUCGGACCGUUACUACAUCCGGGACUCUGGCGUCCCUGGAUACAGCGGCGCGCUCAGUGUAAACAAGCGAAACACUCCUCCAGAGAGACGUUCCCCGUGUGAGAGACUGAUUUACUGUAAUAUAUAUAUAUCCAGGUAUGAUUUAUUGGAGAUAGUAGGUAUUCACAUACUGUAAGUGCGUGUAAAUGUGCUGCAGUGUCUGAUAUGGAGGUUUCUGCGGGUGAUGUGUGUCGGACCCUGGAGAUCAUCACAGCACGAGCGGAUCCAGAGGCCUCUGAGGAGGAGAGCAGCGGCUGUUCGGCGGAGAAACUGCUCACUGAUCAAGUGUCUGUGGACCGGAUGGACAUCACAAAGGGGUUUUUGGACGAUAUCUCUCGGCCGGCCUCCAGUGAGAUCAGAAGACUGAGUCGAGAUGGGCCCAGAUCUCUUGAGGUGCUCAGUCCUGACGUCACACACUCCGAGCAGGUUCACCGGGACAGGACUGAUCUUACCGCAGAAAACGGCUCUGAUCAAGAUGAUUCCGAUGAAGAGAAUGAAGAUCCGGAGUUGAGAGAAGCCAUAAAGAAGAUGAAGAGGCUGGACCGUGUUCUGGCUCUCAAGGUGUCAGCGGAGAGAGAGGUUAAGCAGAAAGGAAGACAGCAGCACCAGAGACUGUGGCAGGAGCUUCAGACCGCCGGCCUUAGGAUGAGCAGCAACGAGACGGACAACACCAGACGCUUUCUAGCACUGACACCCAACAACUAUCAGGACUGUGAUGAAGUGGAUUUUGUCCCUGUGUUUGAGACUGAAGUUCUGGAUCUGAAGAGUGAUCUGGACACGAGACACCAGACGGACGGUAAACCAUCCAAACCACAUUCUACACCUAUAGAGUCAGUUCAAGUCAGUCAGCAGCUGACAGAGGAUCAGCCGUCAGACGACAGACAGCGAGGAGCGGCUCACAGCAAGCACAGACAAGACUUUGUCAAGAGAAAUAUUGAGCUGGCAGAAGCAUGGGGGAACUCGUUUCUGCUCACCCAACAGGAGAAAGAGAGAAUAGAGGAACUGCUGAACGAUCUGGAGGAAGAAGAGAAGCACAGCGAGCUGCAGACUGAACCACAGGUGGUCUCGUCGUCUCUAUCAGCUGGUGAAGGGUUCGGUCCUGAACCUUCUGAACUCCACAGUCUCCGUCAUAUUGACUCCAGACUGCAGCUGCUACUUCCUGUGCAGGACUUCCUGUCUGUGCGGAGCCCGUCGCAGGGGAGUCUGCAGGAGAACACAGGAGACGGAGAGAGACAGAGACGAGACGAAGAGAGACGUCUGCGAGAAAUCCAGCAGCAGCUGCAGAUCCUGGAGGAGAACGAGCCUGGCGCCGUGAGUGUGUGAGUGUGUGUGUGUGUGUGUGUGUGUGUGUG